UUCUGAGGUCAGAAAACAAAAGACUUUCAUAACCUCACCAGAAGACUCUGCUUUUACACUCUUUCCAGCAAUGAAAGCUGUGCUGCUGGUGAUGCUGUUGGUGUUGGCUGCAUGGGCAGAUUCAGCCCAGGCCCAGAAAGCUCUGAGACUCUGUGGCCGUGAGUUUUUUCGGGCGGUCGUCUACACAUGUGGGGGUUCCAGAUGGAGGCGGGGCCAAACAGAGGACCCCAUAAAUGAUUAUAAAAUUGAGCCUGAUGUGGAGUCAGAAAUGGAUCGAGUAAGAAGAGAGGCAUACGAAGCGCUGCCCUCCACGUGCUGUCAAGUGGGAUGUAGAAAAAGUGAUCUUGUUCGCAUGUGCUGAGAAACACUCCUGACUUCAUCAUCUUCUCUGGGAAAAAUGCACUUAAACUUUUUUUUUUUGAGGACCUGAAUUACAUAACUCAAAGUUAAAAUGGCUUUAACAUACUUGAAAAAUGUUGUUUUCCAAGGCAUUCUUCAAAUGCAAAAAAUAAUUUCUUUAAAUGUGGCAACAUUUAAAGAGCACCAAGAUUUAAUCGAAAAGAAAGCUGUCUUUUUUAGAGGUACUUUUAAGGGAAUAGUUCACCCUGAAAUAAGCCUAUAACCUAUUUGGUAUGAACCGAACCUAUACUUUUUUUCCCUAAGUGCAAUCAGAUAUCAGAUCAGGUACUGAAAUAUGUAUUUUUUGAUCAUAUGCAAAUACUAUAUGUGCCCCAAAACAUGUUAUUAUUAUGACACUUUUAUAAGCGGUUAAAUGCUUAUGAAGUUAAAUGGUUUACUAUGUUUUUUAAAAAUGUUGUUAAAAAGGUUAAAAUCUAUAAGCAGGGACAAAUACUGUAUACUGUAUACAGUAAAUACUGUAAUACAUGUAUAGACUAUCCAAUAUUGUAUUUUAUAUCCAAUAUCAGGAGAUACCAACUGUAAAAUUGAGAAUAAAUGCAUUUUGAACAAAACA